AAAUUAAAGACAAUCACUUUCUUGAUAGCUUUGGUUAUUCGACGACGUGCAAGGUGGGAGCCGUUUAGCCGAUUUUCUUCCUCCAUCGCGUUAGGGUUUGUAAGAAGAAAUGAUCGACUUGUUCUUGUCGGAGCCCAAUUGGAACGACGCCGUAGAGGAUGACUCCACCAGAUUCAGAAUCUCCCUUUUCAACAACUUGGAAACCGUUAUUUGGUCGACGGUGGGUCGCGCCGAAGCACGUCUAUGGCUCUGCAACGCCGUUGGGGGAUUGAGCUCCGUUUCGUUUCUUGAACAGCGUGACCUGUUUCGGAAUUUGCUCAGAACUCAGGGGCUGAAGCAUAGUUCCGCUUUGGCCUCCCAGCUUCUUCAUUUGAUGUUCGACACGUGGCCCCAGGAACUGGGCUCCGUUUUGGCUAACAGAAGUCGCGUGCUCGAGAAAUUUUUUGAAGGUAAUCCUAAGCGUGUAUUGGCGUGGUUUUCUUACUCUUCAUCUGGUGAUGGAUUAGAGCAAGGGAAAGGUUUCAGGGCACUAUCCCAGUUUGCAUUUAUAAAUAGGGAUAUUUGUUGGGAGGAGCUGGAGUGGAAAGGAAAGCAUGGGCAGUCGCCAGCAGUGGUUGCUACGAAGCCCCAUUAUUUUCUUGAUUUGGACAUCCAGCGAACAGUAGAAAAUUUUCUUGAAAAUGUUCCUGAAUUUUGGUCAUCUGAUGAGUUUGCUGAAUCGGUGAAAGAUGGUGAUAUUUUUCACAUUGAUAGGUCAUUCUUUGUGCUUUAUUUCGUUGAUUUAAUGUAUAAAGAGGAUUUAAAAGAUGUAUGGGAUGUCAUAAACGAAUUCUUCAUGAGACAGCCUUUCUCCUCUUUAUGUGGGCAUCUUCUUAUUACUCUUGAUGACCAGGACUUGUGCUACUUUCUGGAAUCGCUUUGUAAAUCUCUUGGCCCAAGAAUGGAACUUCACCAUGUCAAUGAUGUCUCUCAUUUGUUUGUGAUUGUACUUUUUAAGUGUGGUGUUUAUGGAUCUAUUGACCAGUUACUGCUGUUAAAUGCUGUCAUUACUCGGGGGAGGCAACUUCUACGCCUUUUACGUGAUGAAGAGAAUCGGGAUCUACAGGAAAAAAUAAAUGAAAUUGUGUCAAAAAUAUCUGAAAUCCCAGGCAAUGCUAACAGCUGGAUCCCAAUCUUCAAGAACAGAAGUAAGAAGAAAACUAUAGAAGCAAUAAAAUGUCUGUCACUUCAGGCUUGGGUUCUUUACUAUAGAUUGUCACAAGAAUGCCAGACCCCUGAGUCCUGGGAGUCUGUCUUUACGAAUAAUCAAAUUGGUUUUCGCAACUCUAAUAAACAUGCAUUACUAGAUGAAGAUGGGCCAUCAGAAGAAGAUUGUUCUAGUUUUGAUUGUAGUUCUUCCGUUAGAGUUAAAAAUAGGAGGAAAAAGAGGGCCAGAAAGAAGAAAAGGAGAACUUAUGAUUGCAAUGAAGAUGAUGAGGAGCUGCUACAUUUUGAUUCUGCAAGCAAGAAGUUGGUCUUUCUGUCAAAUACUAGAAGUUGGUUGCUUUCAACUGAUGGGUACACUUCAGUAUGGAGCAGUGAAGAUUUACCUGAGUACCUUCAUAGACAGUGCUUGUCUAGAUGGAUGAUAUGGCUUUUCGAAAAAUGAGGUCGUGGCCCUGCUUUGAUUUAUCUACCAAAGAGAUGUGACAUCUCAACAUCAAACUGUGUGAUGGCAAGAUGUCCAAAGUUUUGGUGUCUCCCACUCUGUUCAUGAAAGCAUAGUGUGAUUCUUGAGUCCGCUCUUGGCUAUUGCGGGUGAUCUGAAAAACUUGCACAUCAUUUUGAAGAUUCUCACAGACGUAAAUGAGACUUCCUGUGGAUGGAAAAGAUCUGAGAAAUUACAUGAACAGGAAGCCUGAGAACUCCCUCAAAACGAUUAGACUCGGGUUCAUUGUGAACAUGUCGAAGUGAUAAAAGCUUUGCUUCUGCUUCAUUAACUGCUAAUGUCUUAUGAUUGGCAACAUGGGUUAUCAUCCAUAUGGCCUAAAAUUCUGAAUUACACAUAAGUCUAACUUCCAACGUUGCUACGAUCAUUCAUAUUUGCAGGAAGAACACGCCCAGGCAAGUUAUAAUGCUUAGUUCCAUCACUAAUUUUCUAACAGCAUGUUACAUCUAGUUGUAUUUAUAUUCGUACUACAAUUCAUAGCAUUUCUUAUUUGCUGAUAAAGACGGGGUGCACUUGUUAUUUAUAUGCCAUUAUGAGUAUUAUCCACUUACAACAAUU